UGCUUUGAGUUUUUUUGGUCGUUACACAUUGUAAGUUUCGAACAUUGGUACGCCCCUCGAAUAUAAGUCAUAAAUAUGCAUCUCUUGUUUUACUGUUGAUAAACAGAAAAAUGCAUCUUAUGUGAGGAGCUUCGUAAACACUGUGGAACGAUUGCUUAUACAGUUUCUAGAUGAAUGAUUAUUUUUAUAUCUUUCUCAAUUAUUUUAAUUUUAAUAUUGAAAUUACUCGGACUUUACAAUGAAUCAUUGUAGCGUGGUAUCGUGUUUAAACAGAAAAGGUGAUAAAAGAUAUAAAUUUUUUACCUUUCCUUCCGAUCCAGACAGAUGCGCUCAAUGGGUUGAAUUUUGCCAUUGUCCCGAGAUCACCGAACGUUUUACAGCUACCGGUCCGUAUGGAAUGUCCAAGUAUGUCAUCUGUUCGCAGCACUUCGACCCUUCGAUGGUAGCGGAAGUUAUCGGUAGGAGAGUUACGCUUUUUCCGGGGGCCGUUCCAAAUCGAAUCGGAAAAACGCACAUGACACGAAAGAUGCUGCUCGAGAAAGGAUUCGACUUGGAGGCAGAGCCUGAAGCUCUUCCUGAUCCGCCUCAUAUCGAUACGGUACUGGUCGAAAUGCUCGAACCGCAUGAAAUGGAACGAGAAUCAGCCGGAGACGGUGCAAACUUUGAAUUCAUACGACUGAAAUCGGACGAUCAGCAGUUUCAAUUUGAGGAUGGGUUCAAACAGGAGUUUGUAGAACCCGUUGAGGUACAAACGAGUGUACCCAAGAAACAGUGCAAAAUUUGUUCGAACUUCAAACCGCGCUAUGAGCACGAAGUACAGAAAAACAAACGCCUCGAAUAUCUAAUCGAGCAUAAUAAAAAGAAACUGGCAAACACGACAACAAAAUUGCAAAAGAUGCACGAUCGGAUCACGUUACGGAAGGUGAGACGGGACGAACUGAAGAGGAAGUAUGCGGAGUUGAAAAAGCAACUUGCUAAAGGAACACUUGAAAUGCAGCAGGAAUCGAUAACGGUGGAGAGCGACGAAGAGGAGGACGAGGGAAGUUUCGACGAGUUGACUGCGUGGUGGUAGAUUUACUUGCUUCGUUGCAGUUUGUCUUACAUUGAUGAAGUCACGCUAAAUCGUUGAAUAAAAUGCUACCCAGUAAGAGAA